AUGCAGCUGGUCUGGCAGCGGCUGCUCUCAGGAGCGCUCAGAACCUCUUCCUACGGCUGUGGCCACGGAGCUAAAGGCCAGGUCCUCUCUUCCGUCUAUGCAAUAUUAGUUAGCCACCCUCCUGCUCCCAACGAUCACCUAACACCAACACCCGUAUCAUACACAGCUGGCUUCUACAGGAUCCCUGUCAUUGGUCUGACAACACGCAUGUCUAUAUAUUCCGAUAAGAGCAUCCACCUGUCCUUCUUGCGCACAGUCCCACCGUACUCUCACCAGGCCAACGUCUGGUUUGAGAUGAUGAGAGUCUUCAACUGGAAUCACGUCAUUCUGAUAGUCAGUGACGACCACGAAGGUCGUGCUGCACAGAAGAAGCUGGAGACCCUCUUGGAGGAGAGAGAGUCCAAGAGUAAAAAAAGGAACUAUGAAAACCUCGACCAACUUUCCUAUGACAACAAGCGAGGACCCAAGGCUGAGAAAGUGCUUCAGUUUGACCCCGGAACCAAAAACGUGACGUCGCUGCUGCUGGAAGCCAAGGAACUGGAGGCUCGCGUCAUCAUCCUUUCUGCCAGUGAGGAUGAUGCGGCCACGGUGUACAGAUCAGCAGCCAUGCUCAAUAUGACAGGCUCCGGCUACGUGUGGCUGGUGGGGGAACGGGAGAUAUCGGGCAAUGCCCUGCGUUACGCCCCUGAUGGAGUGAUCGGUUUGCAGCUCAUCAAUGGGAAGAACGAGUCAGCCCACAUCAGCGAUGCUGUCGCGGUGGUGGCCCAGGCCGUGCAUGACCUGUUUGAGAAGGAGAAUAUCACAGACCCUCCACGGGGCUGCGUGGGGAACACCAACAUCUGGAAGACAGGACCCCUUUUCAAGAGGGUGCUGAUGUCCUCCAAGUACUCGGAGGGUGUCACCGGCCGGGUGGAAUUCAAUGAGGAUGGGGACCGGAAGUUUGCCAACUACAGCAUCAUGAACCUGCAGAAUCGGAAAUUGGUCCAGGUUGGGAUUUACAACGGCAGCCAUGUCUUGACCAAUGACCGGAAGAUUAUCUGGCCAGGGGGAGAAACUGAGAAACCUCAAGGCUAUCAGAUGUCGACCAAGUUGAAGAUCGUGACGAUCCACCAAGAGCCCUUUGUCUAUGUGAAACCCACGCAAGCAGAUGGGACAUGCAGGGAGGAAUUCACCAUCAAUGGAGACCCUGUGAAAAAGGUCUUUUGCACUGGACCCAACGAGACCGUCCCAGGCCGUCCCACUGUAGCACUGUGCUGCUAUGGCUUCUGCAUCGACCUGCUCAUCCGGCUGGCGGGGGUGAUGAACUUCACCUACGAGGUUCACCUGGUGGCUGAUGGUAAAUUUGGUACCCAAGAACGGGUUAACAACAGCAACAAGAAGGAGUGGAAUGGGAUGAUGGGGGAGCUGCUGAGCGGCCAAGCGGACAUGAUUGUGGCUCCCCUCACCAUCAACAACGAGCGGGCACAGUACAUUGAGUUCUCCAAGCCCUUCAAGUACCAGGGCCUCACCAUCCUUGUGAAGAAGGAAAUCCCCCGCAGCACCUUGGACUCGUUCAUGCAGCCGUUCCAGAGCACGCUUUGGCUGCUGGUGGGGCUGUCUGUGCACGUGGUGGCAGUGAUGUUGUACCUCUUAGACCGAUUCAGCCCAUUUGGCCGGUUCAAAGUGAACAGUGAGGAGGAGGAGGAAGAUGCCCUGACCCUCUCCUCAGCCAUGUGGUUCUCCUGGGGAGUCCUGCUGACCUCCGGCAUCGGAGAAGGUGCUCCCCGGAGUUUCUCUGCCCGUAUUCUUGGCAUGGUGUGGGCUGGCUUUGCUAUGAUCAUUGUGGCUUCCUACACUGCCAACCUGGCAGCCUUCCUGGUGUUAGACCGUCCUGAGGAGAGAAUUACGGGCAUUAAUGACCCCCGGCUGCGCAACCCGUCCGAUAAGUUCAUCUACGCCACGGUGAAGCAGAGCUCGGUGGACAUCUACUUCCGACGGCAGGUGGAGCUGAGCACCAUGUACCGGCACAUGGAGAAGCACAACUACGAGAGCGCUGCCGAAGCCAUCCAGGCAGUGAGGGACAACAAGCUCCACGCCUUCAUCUGGGACUCGGCAGUGCUGGAGUUCGAAGCCUCCCAGAAGUGUGACCUGGUGACGACGGGGGAGCUUUUCUUCCGCUCCGGCUUCGGGAUCGGGAUGCGCAAGGACAGCCCGUGGAAGCAGAACGUCUCCCUGGCCAUCCUCAAGUCCCACGAGAACGGCUUCAUGGAGGAUUUGGACAAGACUUGGGUGAGGUAUCAGGAGUGUGAUUCCCGUAGCAAUGCCCCAGCAACACUCACCUUUGAAAAUAUGGCAGGUGUGUUUAUGCUGGUGGCUGGAGGUAUUGUUGCCGGGAUAUUUUUAAUAUUCAUAGAAAUAGCUUACAAAAGGCAUAAGGACGCGCGGAGGAAGCAGAUGCAGCUGGCGUUUGCAGCCGUUAAUGUGUGGAGGAAAAACCUGCAGGAUAGAAAAAGUGGUAGAGCAGAACCUGACCCUAAAAAGAAAGCCACUUUUAGGUCCAUCACCUCCACCCUGGCCUCCAGCUUCAAGAGACGUAGGUCCUCCAAGGAUACGCAAUAUCAUCCCACCGACAUCACUGGCCAGCUCAACCUCUCCGACCCCUCAGUCAGCACUGUGGUGUGA